GGAUACUGGCUUUGGAAGGCAAACACAUAAACCCUGCGCCGCCGCCGCCGCCGCCGCCGCCUUCGACUUCGACUAGCACAUCUCCGUUGUGUAAGUUUCAGAGAAGAUGUUGGACAUAAAUCUGUUCAGAGAAGACAAGGGACACAAUCCCGAAAUCAUUCGUGAAUCCCAGCGUCGUCGGUUUGCUGAUGUCGAUCUUGUCGAUCAGGUCAUCCAACUUGACAAAGAAUGGCGUCAGCGCCAGUUUGAGGUUGAUAACUUGCGGAAAGAUUUCAACAAGAUCAACAAAGAAGUUGCCAAGCUCAAAAUUUCUGGUGAGGAUGCAAGUCAAAAAAUUAAGGACACUGCAGAGAACAAGCAACUAACUGCAAAGAAAGAGGCAGAAGUACAAGAGGCUCGAGCCGCUUUAUAUUCAAAGCUGGAAAUCAUUGGUAACCUUGUGCAUGAUUCAGUACCAGUUAGUAAUGAUGAGGCAAAUAAUGCUGUAGUUCGAACAUGGGGAGAGAGGCGGACUGAGAAGGGUCUUAAAAACCAUGUUGAUCUCGUGGAAGCUCUUGGAAUUGCAGACAUAACCAAGGGUGCAAAUGUUGCUGGAGGAAGAGGUUACUAUCUGAAAGGGGAUGGUGUACGUCUUAACCAAGCAUUAAUUAAUUUUGCUCUUGAUUUCCUAGAGAAGAGGAAAUAUACGCCAUUGCAGACUCCGUUCUUCAUGAGGAAAGAUAUCAUGGCAAAGUGUGCUCAGUUAGCUCAGUUUGAUGAAGAACUCUACAAGGUCACUGGUGAAGGAGAUGACAAAUAUCUGAUUGCCACUGCUGAACAACCUCUGUGUGCUUAUCAUUUGGAUGACUGGAUUCAUCCUUCACAGCUUCCGUUAAGGUAUGCUGGAUACUCGUCAUGCUUCCGCAAGGAAGCUGGUUCACAUGGCCGCGACACACUUGGAAUUUUUAGAGUCCAUCAGUUUGAGAAAGUGGAACAGUUUUGUUUAACCAGUCCAAAUGGCAAUGACUCGUGGGACAUGCAUGAAGAGAUGAUUAAGAACUCAGAGGAAUUCUUUCAGCAGCUAAACAUUCCUUACCAAAUUGUGGCUAUUGUUUCUGGCGCACUGAAUGAUGCAGCAGCAAAGAAGUAUGAUCUGGAAGGGUGGUACCCUGCAUCAUCAGCUUAUAGAGAGCUUGUGUCUUGCUCAAACUGCACAGACUAUCAGUCGAGGAAAUUGGAAAUUCGGUUUGGACAGAAAAAGGGUAAUGAGCAAGCGAAGCAGUAUGUGCAUUUAUUGAACUCCACCCUUACAGCGACAGAGAGGACUAUGUGCUGUAUACUUGAGAACAACCAGAGGGAGGAUGGAGUUGAAAUUCCUGAGGUUCUACGACCAUACAUGGGUGGGAAGACAUUCAUGCCUUUCCAGGCCCCUCCAGCAAAAGAAGCUAAAGGAAAGAAGUCAAAGGCAUGAUAAUCUAUCCAAUCUUAUACACUUAAACUUCCAUUAUGAAAAGAGCUAAAUCAUGUAUUCUCUUGAACUUGGAUUCUCCUUAUAAGGAAUCCUGAGGAGGAACAAGGGAAUGAAGGCAAGGACAGUUAAUUUUGAAUUUGGAAGUGUAACAAACGAAUUAGAAAACAGUUUAUUUAAGUGGGUCAUCGACAUAGAAAAGCAGAUUGCUAUCUCCCACUUGAUGUCAUUUUUGGUUUAAGUUGAUAGAUUGCUUUUAACUCAUAUUACUGUAUUGUCAGAUGUUAAUUGCAUGAUUAUUUAAACCUUUUUUGAACCUACAUUUUGUUGUUAUCCCUACUGUAGAUGGAAUUGUCACUAAUAAUU